AUGGAAGCUGAAGAAUCAUCUUCUAUUAAUUCGGAAAAUGUUCGUAUUGCUGGUCUUGAAUCACAAAUUCUUAAUUCACAAGAAAUUAUAGUUCGUCUCAAUCGUGAAUUAGAUAGUGCAUUACUUCGUAUAACAACAUUGGAAAAUGUUUGUUCAGAAAAUCAAAAUGAUUUACAUGAAAAACGUUCACGUAUUCAACAAUUAAAUGAUGAAAUGAUUGAACAAGAAGAAUCAAAUGAUCGUUUAAUACAAGAAUUACAAGAAAAAGAUGAAAGAUUACAAAGUUUAAAUGAUUUAAUUAUUCAACUUAAACAACAUAUUAAAAAUGGAGAAGAAAAACAAAUAGAUAGUAAUAAUAUAGAACAUCAAGUAUCUGAAGAUACAUCAUCAAUAACUUCCGAUCUUCAAUUUCAAAUUAAAUUCGAUCAGGAAUUGCGCCAAUUAAUAUUUGAUGAACUUAAUAAUAAUGAUAAUUUAUUAGAUCUAUCUCCUCAAACAAUUAUUGGACAAUAUCAUGAUAAUGAACGUAGAAAAUUUUAUGAUCUUCUUCAAGAAAGUUUAACAACAGAAGAUAUUUCUCAUCUUAUUGAUUCUGAUGAUAUUCUAUUUGAAUUAUUAACACAUUUAAAUAGUCUUAGUCGUUUGAAAGAAACACUUUCACGUGAUAGUAAAGAAUUACAACAUAUUCGUUCAUUACUUCAUCUUACAAAUGAUGAUAAUAAUGAUGAAAUAAUUAAAGAUUUAAUUAAUAAACGUGAAUGUAUUGAAUAUUUACGUCAAAAAAUUGAUUCUAGUUCUGAUUUAACUGAUUUUGAUCUGAUAAAAAAUGUUUUGCACAAUUAUUUUAAUUUUCAACAACAACAAAUUGAUUUGAAAGAAUAUUUACAUAUUAAUAAUACGAAUGAUAAUGAUAGAAAUUAUUUACCAAUUCUUAUUGAACGUUGUAAUGAAGCAAAUCAUAUUCGAAUAGAAUUAAAUGAACGUAUUGCAAAUUAUGAACAAAUUAAAAAUCAAUUAAAUGAUUCUAUAAAUGAAACAUUAGAAAGACAAAAUGAAAUUGAUAAUAUUGUUGCAACAUUUUAUAAUCAAUCAAUUGAUCAUGAUACUAGUGAAGUUUCUCAAUUGAAUCGUAUUCGAACAAUUCUUCAAUCGAAUAUUGAUUUUCAACAUGCAAUCUUUUCUGAAAUAUUAGUAACAUCGACUGAUGAUGCUCUUCAACGUUUACAUGAAUAUAAAUUACUUAAUGAAAAUAAUCAAAUAUCAAUUGAGAAAGAUUCUAUUCCAAAUCAACAGUUAACAAUCGAUGAAUUAACAAAAGAAAUACAAGAAUUGAAAGAAGAUAUAAAUGAAAGAAAAAUUCAAUUGAAAGAAAUAACUAAUUUAUUAAAAUUAGACAAUAAUGAUAAUGAAGAAAUACAAUAUAAUCUUAUUUAUUCUUUUCUUCGAUCAUUGAUUAACUUUCAUCAAACUCUUUCUAAUAAAUUAUCUGUAACGGAUAAUAAUGAACUUAUUUUACAACGUAUCGAUGAUUAUCAAUUAAUUAUUAAUGAAUUAAAUUCUGAUAAAUCCAAUUGGUCAAAUGAAACAACUACUGAAUUAAUAACAAAAUUAGAAACUAUGAAACAUGCAGAAAAUACUAUUGAACAUCUACAAAAGCAAUUAGAUCAAACAAUUCAUAACGAAAAUCAACUACAGCUUAAUAUUGAACAAAUCACUGAUAAAUUUAUUCCAAUAACUGAUAAUAAUCAAGAUUCCAAUCUUACCCGUAUUCAUCAAUUACUUGAAUCUUUAACAAAUUCGAACGAUAAUAUUUUACAGUAUCAAGAAAAACAAAAUGCCGAAUCACAAACAACAGAUAAUAAUGAUGAAUUUUAUACUCAAAUUAAAGAAUUAAUGAAUAAUGAAGAAAACAAUCCUGAGAAGAUCAUCGAUAAAAUUCGAGAAUUAUCUCAACUACCUUCACCAACAAAAAUUCAUAUGUUGUUUUCUAAUUAUGAAAAACUUCGAAAUUUAUUCAAUGUUGAUGAUGAUGAUAGUCUUAUUGAAACUGCAAUGAAUUUAAAUGAAAACUUUCUUCAAUUAAAACAAGAAUAUGAAAUAUUAAUUAAAAAAGAAGAUAUUAUGAAUAAAAGUAUUGGAAGAUUGAUGGAUAAAGUCGGCUUAUCAUCUGAUUCGUCAUCACGAACACAAAUUGAUGAAAUUUGUGCGAUAUUUGAUACAUUUUGUUUUGAAUAUAGUCAAUUAAUAUCUUCCGAUAUUAAAAUAAUAAAUUUAAUGGAACUAUUUAAAAAUAUUCCAUUAGUUAUAGAAGAAAAUAAUCAAUUUAAAGAAUUAAUUAAACAAAUUGAUUAUGAUCAAUCAUCAGAACAUUUAAAUUAUACAUUGAAAUUAGAAAAUUAUUUAACAAAAGUCAAGAAUUUAUGUCAAUUAAUCUCUCAUGAUAAUAUUAAUAUUGAUCAAACAUUAAUUACAUAUCAAGAAAAGAUUCAACAUGAUAGAGAUAUCAUUGAGAAAAUUUCUACUUUUAAACAAAAACUUCUAACACAUUUAUCAAUUGACAAUGAAGAACAAAUAUUCGAUCGUCUCAAUGAAAUCAAUCAAAUAAAUACUAAAUUACAAAAUAUCGAUGAUUCAGCUAAUACAUUAAAUAUUACUAUAACUGAUCAACAUAAAAAAAUACGUGAACAUGAAGAUACAAUAGAAAAACUUCGAUCACAACGUGAACGAAUGUUAACGAAAAUGAAAGAAAUGAAAAUAAAUAAUGAAACAUUAGCAAAUCAACUUAAACAAAUUAAUCAAUCUCUCGAUGAACAAUAUCGAAAAGAAAUUGAUUAUAAAAAUCGUAUUGAAGAACUUGAACAACAAAAACGUAGUAUUAAUAAUCAAAUUCAAGUUACAUUAGAUGAAUGUAAAACACAACAAGAUUUACAAGAAACAAUGAAACUUGAAAUAAAAUCAAUACAAAAUAUGAUGUACAAAAAAAAACUAUACGAAUCUCGUUGUCGUCAAAUAAUCAAUGAAAAAAAUCAAUUAGAAAAAAAUAGAAAAGAAUUAAUUGAACAAAAACAGAUAGUUGAAGAUGAUAAUAAACGAUUACAAACAAUUCUUCAAACAAUUAAAGAUACAUUUGAAAAUGUUGAUGAUAUAAAUUCAAUUGUUGAUAUUAUUUUAAAAAUGCAAGAAGAUCAUCAAAUACUUAAUCAUCGAUAUGAACAAAUGGAUAGAGAAAAUGAAAAAUUAUUAAUUGAUAUUGAUCAACAACAAAGUAUAAUAAAUGAAUAUAAUCAAACAAAAAAUGAAUUAGAAAAAUGUUUAUUUAAUAAUGAACAACAAAUAAAAAAUUUUGAAAAAGAAAUACAAAAUAAAAAUGAAUUAUAUGAACAAUUACAAGAUGAAUAUCGUUUAUAUAAAGAAGAUAAUGAAAAUAAUAAACAUUCACAAGUAGUAAUUAUUGAUACUGAACAAUCUGAACCAGUCGUACAAUCUCAUUAUCAAGCACCUAUUCAACAAACAACUGAAUCUAAUAAUUGGACAACAAUUAAUAUAGAAGAUAAAGAAAUUCCAUUGACAACGACAAAUAAACAUUCCAUAAUUGAUACUUCAGCUGCAUUAUUUAAUUUAUUUGGUGAAUUAAAAAGUAAACUUGGUAUAACUUUAACACAUCGUCCUCGUUCAUCAUCCGUAUUUUUUCUAUAUUUAUGUGCCGUCCAUUUGUUAACUGUAUAUUUAUUAUUUAUUCGUCAUUGUUAA